AUGAAAUUAGUUUCAGUUCUUCCUUCACUACUAUGCUUACAAAUUUUCACCGCCUUAGUAAUAGCAAAUACUAACAGAACAAGAAUUGCGAAAAGCUUAAACUAUAAUAAUCAAGGCUUUCAAGAAAAGUCAGAUAAUCAAUGUGACUGCUCAAGCAAUGGUCGAUGUGUUAAUAACAGAUGCCGCUGUAAUUCUGGUUAUAUUGGUUCGCAAUGUGAAACUCGUUGUUCACCGGGAUUCUUUGGAUUAAACUGUUUGCAAAAAUGCAAUUGCCUUAAUGAUGCUGAUUGUGAUGCAAAUGAUGGAACUUGCGCCUGUAGAAAAGGAUUCACUGGACGGGACUGUUCUCGUAUUUGCCCAAUAAGAACCUUCGGCGACGAUUGCAAAGAGAGUUGCAAAUGUGAAAAUGGAGCCUCGUGUAAUGUUGUUACAGGAGAAUGCGAUUGUACAUCACUUAUGGGCUUUACUGGCAGCACAUGUGCAGAAGAAUGUCCUGAAGGUUAUUGGGGCCCUGACUGUAUGUAUAAAUGUCCGCGAUGUAAGAAUAACGGCAAAUGCAAUAGGAAAACGGGUUUAUGCGAUUGUGGACCUGGCUACUUUGGCGUCUUAUGUCAAGAGAUAUGUCCUAGAGAUAAAUAUGGCAAAAGUUGCAGUCAAAGUUGUAACUGCAAUACAGAUGUCAAUGGACAGAGAGCAACUUGCGAUCCAGUCAAUGGUGAAUGCUAUUGCCCACCAGGAACAGAAGGCCGUGAUUGCACUAGGUCUUGCGAAAUUAACAAAUUCGGCGAAGAAUGCUCUUCGACAUGUCGAUGCGAUGUAGCUAAAGGAGAUUUUUGUGAUCGAGCGACAGGGGAAUGUCGAUGUAGGGCAGGAUUUACUGGUUCUGACUGUAAAACUAGAUGCUCUGCGAAUGCAUUCGGACCAGAUUGCCAAUUUAAAUGCACUUGUGUUCAUGGAAGUUGUGAUUCUCAAACUGGCUCAUGCUACUGCCAUGAAGGUUAUACUGGACCUCGCUGUUCAGAACGCAAACCGACUGAGUUAAAAUUUAAUCGCAAUAAAUUAAUUGAUAAUAAAGGAAAUAAAUUACUUGUUUCAUAUCCUGUAGUCUACGUCAGACCAAACCCUAAAGUCUUUCAGAAUCGAAAGCAAAAAAUUAUAUUAAUUAACAACAACAAGCGUCCAUCCUUUGGUCGUAAAAUUAUUAGGAAAAUUCCUCGAAGACAUCGCUUUAAAGUAUUGAAACGUAGAAAGUAUUACUAA